AUGGCCCAGAGUGUGGUGUAUGCUGACCUGAAGUUUGCCACGGGGCCCUCAUCCACCGCUCCCGACGAGGAUGACAGCCCGUACGAGAACGUGCCGCUGGGGCCGGCGGCAGCAGCGCCCAGCGCAGGGCGCUGGACCCGGCGAUGGCGCGUCCCGACAGCGCUGCUGGCAGCCAGCCUGCUCCUGCUGCUGCUGCUGUUUGUGGCCGUCGUGGCCCUGGGGGCUUGCCACUGGCAGGUCACCCGCAGCCUGCAGGACUCCUCCCGUGAGCACGCGUCCGAGCAGGGCCGCCUGACACAGGAGCUGAGGGUGCGGGAGCAGAGCCUGGAACAGAUACAACUGGAGCUGGCAUGGGCCAGAGAAGAGCUGCAGCGAGCAUGGCACGAGGGCAACAUCAGCCAGCUGCAGCUGAAAAGCAGCAAUGCUGAGCUGGGGCAUACCCAGCAGGAGCUGGCUGUGUUGCGGGAGGAGAUGCAUGUGGUGCAAUGGAAGCUCAACAACAGCGAGAGGACUGUGAGCAGCCUGCUUGCCUGCAUUAACACAGAUUGCUGCCCCAGGGGCUGGGUACUCUUCAGGAGCAAGUGUCUCUUCAUCUCAGUGACAAACAAGACCUGGGAGCAGAGCUGGGAGGACUGUGCAGAGAGAUUGGCUCGACUGAUGGUCCAAGAUAACUGGACACCACUGACAGUGCCGUAUUUUAUGCAUGCAUCUAAGGCACACUACUGGAUUGGAGGAAAGGCAAGGAGAUCUGAAUGGAUGGACAACAAACCUCCCUUGAAACGCCAUACUAAUUGCUGGUCAGUAAUUAAUGGGGAAAUGUGGAGCAAGAACUGUGACAAUGCCUACCAGUGGAUCUGCGAGAAAUCCCCAAAGCUGAGCAGUGCAUCUGAGACUCAAUCUCUUUUUUGA